AUGGUACUCGGAACUCUGUUCGGUCCCAAAACACCAAAAUCUGAUCAACCGGAGGACUCCUUAGACAUAAAGAAAGACUCGCUGUUUUCACCGGAAGAAACAGAACAAUCUCCAAAAGUGAAUAACACCAGCAUAGUCUAUCCAUUUCACGAUGUAAAAGCUACCAGUUUUCCUCCUCCACUUUCCAUCGAUGCAUCCGUGUACACCGACGCUGAAAAUCAAGUCGAAGAACAGACUGACACUGCAACAGAACGAUCUCCAGUCAGCAAUAAUAUCAAAAACAUUAAAGAAGACGUGAAAGAUGACGAGAAAAAGGAAAAUUCCCUUAAAAAGCAUGGCGAAGAAACGAAACCCAAGAUCAGCCACGACAGGCUAAAGGAAGUGAUCAACGCAUCGAUCAAGGAAGCAGUGCAAAUUAUCGCGAAGCAAUGUAGAAUGGUAUCUAAGAAGCAAAAACCAAAUGACGAGGAAAAGUCAUCGGGAAAGAAGCCGAAAGAAACUCUGGCUAAAGCAAUCUGGCACACCAAGGAAGGCGUUCUUGGGAAAAGCAAACACGAGACUCGGCCACGUUCCACCGAAGAAUACUUCAGCAAUCGAUCAAGGCUCCCAAAGAACGCUUACAAGUCGAACUGUCCUCAAGAGAAGCGCAAUAUCGUUCGCACCUGUCCGAAUAAGUUACAAGACGAGAUCACCAAGUGCCUUUGUAAGAAAGGACCGGUGUGCGAGGAUGCUAAAGACAAGAAACACUCGAAACAAGCCAGCAGUGGUAAGACUGACAAUCGUCGGAUGACGGGGAACGUGAACAUUUAUAUUUGCUCGGAAGCUACAGAGAAUCCUCAACUGGCGUACAAGCAAAACAAGCCGCAGUCGUGCGCGGAAUCGAGCUCAGAAACAACAACGGAACCGUCGCCCGUCUCAUCGUGCAAGCUCGUCAAUUGUAUCCGCAACAAACGGCAGAAAUACAAGGAGAAGGACUCGUUCGACUUCCUGCAGAGCACUGAAGAAAGCAGCGAUAGUAAUCCAUUCAGCUGCGUUUCCUCGAACAUCGGGACCAAUUCGGAGAGCAGUGGUUUCAUCGAUAUCUGCGCACAGGACACCGAAUCCACUUCCACCGAGUGUCGAUGCAAAGACGAUCAAGUGAUAUCUGAUCAAUCUAUCGGCAAAUCGAAGUUCGUCAUAUGCGAUAAAGCGGAGAGACCUUGCUCCACGAUCUAUCCGAAAAAAGUGUCGUUGGACAGUGACAGCGAGGGAUGGUCGUCGAAAUCAGUUUGCAGCGACAGUAGAGAAACUGAGCCGUGCAAUCAGGCUAACGGAGACGGUUGGCCUUUCGAACCUAAAUUUGGUUACUAUACGAAGAGUUUGAAACGGGACCGCGAUCCUGGGAAAGACAGUUGUAGAAUAUGUUCCAAGAACGAUGUUUGCAGGUGUCAAAGUAAUGCACGAAGUAAGAGAAGGUCUUAUAAGUCCACGGAUAGAGAACAAUGGUCGACCUGCAGUUGUAUCGUGGAGGAAGAUGAGGAGGAUGGAGUUUGCGUUAACGUUAAAGAUUCACCGAAAUCUACGGUCGAUCUGAAGCCAACAGGCACUCAGGAAGGAGUAACUGUUGACCAGAAAGAUACAGAAAAGGAAUUAGAAAAAAUAGCUUCGGCGGUUAAAGAAGACGGUGCAGAGAAAGAGACUAUUCAGGAACAGAAAGAUGAUGACCUGGUCGCAAAACCAAGUUCACUUAUAUCCGGAAAAUUGAUAAGACCCGAAACUCUAACACUUAAAUUAUUGUUGAAACAAUACGGUACACCACCUGCGCAAAGUCUCGAGCAGAAAAGUAUUAUCCCUGAUCUGGCAAAGACGACUGAUACAGGACUAUCGACCAACGACACGCCUGUCGCGCAAACAGAGGAGAAAAAGGAGCCGGCUUAUCGAAAGAAAUUCAAUCUCCGUGAACAGCAUAGAUUUAUGAAGCACCUGACUUCCGAACAGUUCGAGAAGCCUCGAGAACCAAUCGAAGAAACCAAACAAGUAGAUCAGGCGGAAGAGAAGAAAACGGAAGAAAAUGAGAAUGAAAAGGAUACGGAGCAGAGAAUGAGCCUCCCAGGAAGACUGAGAACCUCGAUAUUUAAAACUUUGAAGAGAGUCGCGGGCAAGGAGAACUAUAAGAUCUCUGAGAAGGUUUCUGACAACGAUGCCGACCGAGAAACUGUGAACGCUGAAGGAAAUAUUGAUACAGAUCAGCCGGUAAAGUCUGAAGCUAACCUGCAGGAAACUCAAAAGGAGAAAAGAAUAUCUUUCGCGCAGAAACUGGAUAUAAAUAAGUUCUUUAAGAGGAAAGACAAAACUUCCGUAAGUGAUACGAACCAGAUAGUACCAAAGAAAAAAGGUAAGAAAACUAGUGUGACUGAUGCAGCAGCAAAUUUGGAUACAGAGUCUGAAAGUAAAGACGACACGAAGAAAGGUGAAGAAGAGAAGAAAGAGGAACUACCUGUCGAGGACGCUGAAGCGGAGCAGGAUAAUUCGAAGCUGUUAACAGAUACGACUAGCAGUAAACCAGACCUUACAUUAACUCCAGAUACUACUGUUGAAGGAACAGAUCCCACGAACUCCCAAGAGCUUCCAAAAACGUCGACCACUGAAGUCAUUACGAAAAAGAGCAGUCCUCCAGAAGUUCAGGAAGAGUCAAACGAUCAAAAGUCAACUGGUGAUCAAGAACAGAAGCAUAUAGAGUUCGAGAAACCUAAAAUAACAGAUAAAGAACCUCCGAAAGUGACAGAGACCGAAGUGGGUACAAACGUGCAGAAGGUCUCGACAUGUAUGUGUAUUCGAUGCGCUCGUAAAAAAAAAUCUGCAAUUUCUCAGAACGUUUCUCGGGAAUCAGAACCAUCGUACACGGUCUGUACAAGCGAGAAUUUCGGGCCAGAAGAACGAAUCGAAGGAUGCAAAUGCAAUUGUUGUACCUUGCAAACUCCUCAAAGUUGCAACAGACUCACCAGUUAUCCGAAAAGUUGCCUGAAAAAGGAAAGGCAGUUUUGUCGAAUGGAAACUCAGGAGAACAAUUGCUCAGUUUUCCAGCACGAUAACAGAAGCUGGGAAGAAUGUGGUUGCAGAAGAAUGAUUCCUUGCGAAAAUUGUUGCAGGCCAAGGAAUGAAUGCAGGUACGAAUGA